AUGGUGACGAUCUGUACCUACAAUGCACGUACACUUGCAUCCGAGUGCCCCAUAGAAGACUUGCUCAUGCAAGCAAGAAGAAAAGGUACGACAUCAACGGCCUGGCCGAGAAAAGACGACGCCACCCAUUCAACGCCGUUUAUGACACCGGAAAAGAACUGUUCCUCGGAACAUGCAACAGUAGAAGAGUCGGCGGCGUCGGCGUUCUCGUCAACACGAGUUUGUCCAUGCAUCAAUUCGUUUGAACAACUAACAACCCGAAUCGGACGCUUACGUUUAAAAAGAUGUGCAUCAACAUUGGCAUCGACAGUCUUCGUCGCCUAUGCGCCGACAUCAAGCCAUAACGAAGAAAAAGUAGAAGCGUUCUAUGUGGACUUGGAGAAAUUCUACAGAGAAGACCAUACAUUCUUCGAGGUUAUCACUGGGGGUAUUAACGCCAAGAUUUGA